CUAACAGUGGUGUCAGUGGCCUCCCAGCCUCCCAACUCCCCCCAGAAGACGGUGGGCGUCCCACUGAAUGUAGCGUUAGGACAGCAGAUCCUCACAAUGCAGCAGUCAGCACCUUCCUCCCCUGGGAAGGCCAUAGUCAACCACACAACCACCCAGGCUGUGAAGUCAGCAGUGCAGACCAUUACUGUAGGAGGAGUGGGUACAUCUCAAUUUAAGACAAUUAUUCCUUUGGCAACUGCACCCAAUGUUCAGCAGAUUCAGGUACCUGGAAGCAAGUUCCAUUAUGUCAGACUCGUUACUGCCACAACAGCCAAUGGUUCUACCCAGUCAGCCAGUCAAAAUCCCAGUACAAAUACACAGCCUCUUCAACAGGCAAAGCCAGUGGUGGUGAACGCGGCCCCGGUGCGGAUGUCUGUUCCCAUAGUGCCGGCACAGACCGUGAAACAGGUGGUGCCCAAACCAAUCAACCAAACUUCCCAGAUCGUUACUACCAGUCAGCCCCAACAGAGACUUAUUAUGCCAGCCACUCCACUGCCCCAGAUCCAGCCCAACCUUACUAACCUCCCACCGGGCACCGUACUGGCACCAGCACCUGGCACAGGAAACGUCGGGUAUGCCGUCCUUCCAGCUCAGUAUGUCACACAGCUACAACAAUCAUCGUAUGUAUCUAUAGCAAGCAACACUGGCUUUACAGGGACAUCUAGUAUUCAGUCCCAAGCACGGCUGCCAUUCAAUGGAAUAAUUCCUUCUGAAUCUGCAAACCGCCCCAGGAAGCCUUGCAAUUGUACUAAGUCUCUGUGUUUGAAAUUGUAUUGUGACUGUUUCGCAAAUGGUGAAUUCUGCAACAACUGCAACUGUACAAAUUGUUACAACAACCUGGACCAUGAAAAUGACAGGCAAAAAGCAAUAAAGGCCUGCCUUGACAGAAACCCUGAAGCCUUCAAGCCCAAAAUAGGGAAAGGAAAGGAAGGAGAAUCAGAUCGAAGACACAGCAAAGGGUGUAACUGUAAACGCUCGGGAUGUCUCAAAAACUACUGUGAAUGUUACGAGGCAAAAAUCAUGUGUUCUUCCAUAUGCAAAUGCAUUGGCUGUAAAAAUUUUGAAGAAAGCCCAGAGCGAAAGACAUUGAUGCAUUUAGCAGAUGCUGCAGAAGUUAGAGUCCAGCAGCAGACUGCUGCAAAGACCAAGUUAUCUUCCCAGAUCUCAGAUCUGCUGACAAGGCCAACACCAGCACUGAGCAGUGGUGGUGGGAAGCUGCCCUUUACGUUUGUAACCAAGGAGGUGGCCGAUGCAACCUGCGAAUGCCUCCUGGCCCAGGCAGAGCAAGCAGAGAAGAUGGGCAAGACAAAGGCUGCAGCAGAGCGCAUGAUCCUGGAGGAGUUUGGACGCUGCUUGAUGAGAGUUAUUAACUCUGCAGGGAAAUCCAAAAGUGACCCUUGUGCUAUAAACUGCUGACUCACGCACAUGAGCCACAGCAAAGCAGACUGAACAGAACACUUAAGGCACAAGGACACUUUGGUUUGGCAUAGAGGAUUUAAUAAUAUUUGUUAAUUUGGUGCUUGUUGUAAAUUGACCUGCAUAACAUUGAAACAAAAAAAUCUUUUAUAACAAGA